AUGGAUGCCAAGAUCCAUCUACGUGCCAAUGGCCUUGGAAAAAUAAUUGUAGAUGGGAGUGAUGCUUCGCUUGAAGAAAACGCAAAGGCCAUGAUUUUUCUUCGCCGCCACAUUCAUGAAGCACUAAAAAGCAACUAUGUGGUGGUUGAUGAACCGUUAGUUCUAUGGAAAGCUCUAUGUGAAAUAUACAUCCCAAGAGCCAGAUACGAAUGGACACACUUGAGAUGUCAAGAUUUCAAGACAGUGUCUAAGUACAACUCAACUAUGCACAUAAUCACCUCUUUGAUGAAGUUAUGUGGUGAAAAUAUCUCUGAGGAGGAUAUGCUCGAAAAAACUCUUAGUACCUUUCAUACCUCAAAUGUCCUCCUGCAGCAACAAUAUAGGCAUAGUGGUUUCACGAAGUACUCAAAACUUGUAUCUUGCCUUUUUUUAGCUGAGCAGAGUAAUGAGCUUUUAUUGAAGAGUCACCAAUCUCGCCCAACGGGCUCAGCAUCACUUCUUGAAGUAAAUGCUGCAUCUCAGGAAGUGAAUGCCACCUCAUCUCGUGGCAGUAUCCACAUACGUGGGCAAGGAGGCAAGCAUGGCCCCUGGCAAGGGAGUAGAAAAGAUCGUGGUGCUCAUUCAUAUGGCUUAGGUCCAAGGAACAAUCUAUUCACGAAUGGCAAAAAAUACAUCUCGGAAUAA